AUGUUCGCGCACAUCCUCGGCCACCCUAUCCGCUUCGUCCUGUCAACCGCCAAACUGACAUGCCUCGCCCACCUCACCUUCACCCAGGUCGUCCAAGUCUCCUCCGCCCAAGGACCCUCCAUGCUGCCCACCUUCACGGUAGACGGGGACUGGAUCGCCGCCGACAUGCGCCACCGUCUAGGCCGCGGCAUAACCACCGGCGACCUGGUUCUGUACAAGAUACCCAUCCUCGCGGACCAGAACGGCGUCAAGAGGGUCGUCGGCAUGCCAGGGGACUACGUGUCGCUAGGCACCCCCGGGGAGAACGGGGAGGACCAAAUGAUACAGGUUCCCCAAGGGCACUGCUGGAUAGUCGGCGACAACCUGUCGGCCUCGAGAGACUCGAGGCUGUUUGGGCCAUUGCCGCUCGCUCUCAUCCAAGGCAAGGUCGUUGCCAAGGUCUUGCCCUGGCGAGAGAGAAAAUGGUUCGACGGCGGACUUGAGCGCGUAGAUCGUCAUUAA